CAGGACGCUGGGCGGGAUCAGGAGGAAGAGCAGCGACCCUGGUGCUCCUGCGCGCCCGCCCACCCCCGCUGGGUGGAGCUAUGUGAGAUUUGGUGGCUCCACCUCACCUCUGGUUUGUGCGUGCGUGCGUGCUUCUCCCCCCCCCCCUUAAAGAAUAUAUAUUUAUUUUCUGGCGCCCGCGCGCCUGUUUUCGGGCGGCGCCAGCUAGAAUGGAGGAGCAGAAAGAGAACGUGCCGCAGCAGGUCGAAGAAAAAACGGAAGCCCGCGCGGUCAGCUUGCCGGGCAAGCAGCGCUGCAGAUUUGAUGGCCAAGAAGAUGAUAAAAAGAAAUCCACAUCUGGAUCAAGUGAUUUUAGUGACCCAGUGUAUAAAGAAAUUUCUUUGACAAAUGGUUAUAUCAAUAGAAUGAGUAGAGAUGAGCUUAGAACUAAACUCGCUGAGUUCAAACUCGACACCAGAGGCGUGAAAGAUGUGUUGAAAAAGAGGCUGAAAAACUACUAUAAGAAGGAGAAGUUGAUGCAAAAACAGCCUACAGAUGGAGAGAAUUACUAUGAUUACAUAUGUGUUAUUGACUUUGAAGCAACUUGUGAAGAAGGCAAUCAGCCUGAAUUUACACAUGAAAUAAUUGAAUUUCCUGUUGUCUUAUUAAAUACUCGGACACUAGAAAUAGAGGAUACAUUUCAACAAUAUGUGAAACCAGAAAUUAAUCCUCAGCUUUCAGAUUUCUGCAUUAAUCUGACAGGAAUUUCUCAGGACCUUGUAGACAAAGCUGAUGAAUUUCCAAAGGUUUUGCAACAUGCCAUAGACUGGAUGAAACAAAAAGAACUGGGUAGCAAAUAUAGCUACUCCAUAUUGACUGAUGGAUCUUGGGAUAUGAGUAAAUUUUUGAACAUCCAGUGUCGUGUUAGCCGUCUGAAAUAUCCUUCUUUUGCUAAGAAAUGGAUCAAUAUUCGCAAAUCCUAUGGGAACUUCUACAAGGUUCCCAGAAACCAGAUUAAACUGUCAACCAUGCUUGAAAAGCUAGGAAUGGACUACGAUGGACGGCCUCACAGUGGACUUGAUGAUUCUAAGAACAUUGCACGGAUAGCAGUCCGUAUGCUUCAGGAUGGAUGUGAGCUACGGGUGAACGAGAGACUGCAUGGUGGGCUGCUGUUGACAGUCUCCUCUUCUGCCCCAGUAGAGGGAGCUCCUGCACCACAGAUGUCCCGAUAUAGAUAAAUAUGAGAAAAACUCUUGAUAAGCUUCCAGAUAACUCCAAGGUCUCCUAGGACACUGCAUCCUUGCUUUUCAAACUGUGUGCAUGAUGGCACACUGUGUUACUGAAAGAAAAUCUGCCAACUGGGAAUCAGUGGAGACAUUCUCUAUAGAUUCUCAUGCAGAGGGCCAGCACAGAGUUAUCAAACUACAGUCAACAAGGUAAUAGAUUGCCAGAGGACACCUGCCCAUUGGAUGUUUGUGGGGGUAAAGGCUAAAAAAAGAACUUUUGCACCAGAGUAGCUUCAAAUUAUCUGCUCACUUUGUUGCAAAAUCCUUAUCAAGGGGCAUGAGCUAGCUAAAGUUAAGCAUGUUUACUUUUCAAUCAAAGCUCGUGCUUAAUUCUCCCAUUGACAUCAAUGGGAUGGGAAAUAGCUUAAGCUUGGCUGGACUGUACUCCAAAAUUUUGAAGUGUUAUGCUGACCAUAACGAUUUGGAAUCAUUGCCCCAUGUGAUUGAUUACAUUUCCUCAUCAUGAUUACAGUUAUCUUGACUAUGACUGGGUUGGGGCCUCUGUUUCAAACUUGAUUUCAAUUUAUUUCCUUCACUGGGACUCUUCCGUUAAUAUGCUUUCCCCCACUUUAGAGAUUUUUAAAGUUGUGUGGCUGCUGUUUUUCAUUUUGCCUUUUACCUGAUUUAUUUAUAUAUUUGACCAUUCCAGUGACAAAGUCCAUGCCAAGUUACUCAACAGUCAGUGCAGGCAAACAGACCCACUGAAUAUUCGGGGGAACAUCUAUAUAUAAAAGGCUUAGGUGGUCCAUGUUUAAUAAAAUAUUAUUAACUCUUAAUAUAUAGAGCUUUGUAAUGUUCUGUGUAACCAAAGGUAUAUUUCUGUCAAGCUCCCUUAGAUACCACUGAUUUCAGUGCAACUGAGCAUGUGCUUAACUCACUUCCAAUGAUGGCAUCCUCCUGGUGGUCUGUGAAGACUUGGCGUCUACAUAAAAUACUUGGUCUGGAUGUGGGUUGCUGCUGGUGCUGUUCUUGUGCUGUGUGUUUUGUUCUUUAACAAUAGGUUGUUUUAAAAAAUUAUAUUGUUUUAGUAUUGUGA